GCGUGUUCGAUUCGAGAACUUCUAAUUUCGGAAGACCUUCUGCCCCUUCCACCUCUCGAGCAGAAGAGACAGAAUACAAGAUGGCGGCAAGUGGAAAACCCUAAAGCAAAAGACAAACUCAUUCAGCUGGCCAAAGAUGCGACAAGUAGAGCUGCUUCUCCUUCACCACCACCGCCAUCACCACCUCCUUCUACAAGCCCAACAGAUCAUGAUUUGCCAGAUCCUGCCUCCGAUUUUCCAGAUCCUACCUCCGACUUGCUAGAUCCUGCCUCUGAUUUGCCAGAUCCUGCCUUUGACAAUGGACGAGCUACCAUAUUUAACAGAGCCCAGACGUUAAUGAUUCUUCAAUUAUAUUUGGAACGAAAACACAAAUUUGGAUCAGUGGUCUAUAAAAAGAAAACACUUUGGUUUGAAAUUACGGAAAAGCUGAACACGCAUUUUAAAACUACAUUCACAGCAGGGCAAGUGGAAGGCAGGUGGAAGACGCAACUGGCUGCAUACAGACAGUACAAGGAUGAUCAAAACAAAUCUGGAAACUCUAGAAAAGAAUUUCCUGAUGAAGCUGAGUUUACCGAAAUAUUAGGCGACAGACAUGAUCUUGAACCUGCAUAUAAACUUCAGUCGAUGCCUGCCAAGGAAUCUGUUGGUAGCCAAAAUAGCUCAGGUCUGAACAUAUGUGACUUACCUGUGGAAAUUUUGAUCAAGAUUUUGUCUUAUGUGCCGAUUCCAGAUAUUAUAACAUCAAUCAGUAAUGUAUGCAAAUUGUUGCAAGAGUUAGUAGAGAGUGGUGCAGUUUUUUCAGUAUUCAAAUAUUCGGAUAUUUUUGAGGAUGGAAUGCUAGACUGUUAACAUCACCAGAAAUUUUUGCUGGCUUAAAACAUAUUAAGCAAUUGGAAAUUGUAGGAUGUGGAUGUGGAAAGAUCCCUGUUUAUCCACUGAUGGCAAAAUCUGAUGCUAUGUCCUGCAUUGAUGAAAUUAGAAUUGAGCAAUGUACCAUGCUUGAAUGAAAAUGAUAUUCUUGUGUUGUCAAAAGCUUUAGGAAAAACACUUAGCUAUGUGCAUUUAAGAAACGUGCAACCAGUCAAGCGUGAAAUUUUUGAAACCAUAAUGGUGAACUUAAAAGUUGUUUGUGCCAUAUGUGUCCCACCCAAAGGAAAAGUGGAUUGGUGGGCAUCCAUCUUAAACAGAUAUGUUGGCAGGUGCUGCUUUGGUUUCGCAAUAACAGACUUCAUUCCAGAUUACCUCUUAUUGAAACAGAGGUAUGCAUAUUCCUUACUGCCAUUGGGAAAUUAAAGCAACAUUUACAUUUUGUAUGUAGAUUAUGUACAUACAUUAAGUGUACACACUAGUACACUACAUGUACAUACACCUUUAUUACAUAAGUCACUGUG